AUGGCCCCGUCCGGAGUGCCCUUUCCGAGAAAGUUCCUCACGGUGCUGCUCCUGCUGCACCCGCUCGCCUCCGCCGCCCUCCCAACUGCGCCGCCGCCAGCCCACCCUUUCCUCCCCCCUCCCUCCAACGACUUGGCACCGCCUGCUGGCGCCUGCCUCCAGCAGCUCUCGGCUGCGAGCGGCGUGGCCACCGCCUCUGCUGCUCUCAAGCUCGCCUCUUGCAGGCCUCCAGGCAGGCCUCCCGGGGCGGCUCUCCCUGGCGCCCCUGCCACGACCGCCAACCCAGAGGAUCAGCCCCAGCCUGCCCUCGCUGCUGCGAGCGGCACCAUGCGCCGCGCCCCCGCCGACCCCCGAGGUCACGACGGCGGCGAGCCCGGCGACGGCCCGGGCAAGCCGAGCGAGAAGGCGUGGGCGAAGGCAAAGCCGCAGUGA